AUGACUCGAUCACGUCAAGCCACAGAUCGUCGAGAUAAACUCUACAGCCUCAUUGCCAUCGCUAGUGAUGGUGCCCUCUUACCAUAUCAGCCAGACUACCUUUAUCCGGAAGACACAUUGGGAACACCAUCCUGGGUGCCGAAUCUCGCGCGUUCAAAAGACAUUCCUAGCAUGGUUGAAACUGUGGAGGAUCCCUUCGAAGCCUGCGGUCCUUACGAUGAGUCCAAAAGGCUCUCUGUGCGAAAUAAUACAUUGUCAGCCCCAGGACUACUAUUGGAAAAGAUUGCAAGAUCAGCGAGCCGUAGCCUGGAAGUCAGAGUUAGGAUUGGCGAUUUGCACAAAUUUGUAGCAGAAGGUGCUAUGGACCAGCUUCAUGUACUCCGAGAAGCAUUACAAUUAACAAGUAUGCCGUGCUGGAAGGUUCCCGAACCUAUACGCAAACAGGCAUUCUGGCGGACUUUACUUGGGGGAAAUCGGACCGACAACUGCAGACUACGUCAACAUCAUGAAAACGAUUUCAACAGCUACUGGGAGUUCAUGCAGCAGUUCGAUCCUGAAUUAGAAUCUCAUUCAACUUGGGAUGGCUAUGACCUGGUCCGUGUUACCAGUGUAGAAACAAAGGUGAUUGACAUAGCUAGAGAACGCCGCUUUUGCAUGUCGGAAAGCGGUCGCAUGGGAUGGAUCCCUAAAGCUGGAAAGGAAGGUGAUAUAAUAAGCGUGCUCUAUGGUUGUUUCGUGCCUGUCCUCCUACGACCGAAAGGCAACGCGUAUGAGGUCAUUGGAACAUGUUACAUCUAUGGAAUCAUGGAUGGCGAAGCAGUUGCGGCUGCGCAGAGUCCUAUGCAGCAGAUAGAUCUAGUGUGA